GUCAGUGACACCCUCCUGUUCUUUCCCCAGGUGUGCCCAGCCAUGGAGUCGACAGAUAAGAACAAUGCUAUAAAGCUAUUUGUGGGGAACCUGGCGUUGGACACCUCUCAGGAGGACCUGACACAGCUCUUUGGACCAUACGGACAGGUGGUCACCUGUAGUUUACUCAGGCAGUUUGCCUUCAUCCACCUCCAAGGAGAUGGUGCUGCUGAUCGAGCCAUAAGAGAACUGAAUGGACGGGAGUUCCAUGGCCGCAACCUGGUGGUUGAAGAGUCCCGCGGACGGCCCCUGCACUCCACCAAGGUGUUUGUUGGGAACCUUAGUGCCAUGUGUUCUGCUGAGGACCUACAGGAGCUCUUUCAGACCUUUGGGAAAGUUCUGGAGUGUGAUAAGGUCAAAGGUGAGCCAUGUCGUUUCCCCCGCCUUUUCAUGCAUUGACUUUGUGCGCAUACAGCGCAACUUCAGUUUAGUAAAUCGACUAAAUGACUAAGGUUUCCAUACACUUGUCGAAAGAUUUUCAAGCAAAUAUACUAAUAUUCGCACCAAAAGAUAUGCAAAUUUUACCGGCAGAGCUGUUUCCAUCAAACUGGCUUGUUGCGGAUAAAAAGCUGUGCGUAAUGACAUAGUGUACGUAAAAAGCCAAAUAAAAUAACAGUGUCGCCAGCCCAUUUUUAACUCUGUUGAUGGUUUUGGGACAAAAACUCUUGCAAUAAACAACACAUUUGCCAACUCUGGUCUUGGCAUAUCUGCUCUAGCCAACAGCUCACAGAUAUUGUCCAGAGGGUACAUGAUGAGAUUAUGGAGAAGAGCAGGAUCAUUUUUAUUGGUCAAUUUGUCAAGAGUAUCUUGAUGUAAAUGUAAUUGGCAGCCAAGCACCGAUCAUCAUAUCACCAGCAUUCAAAUGAAGACCCUGGAUAUUUAAUGGAAAUAAGCCUCAAGCUCAUCACUGUGCACUUUCACCACACUGAAGUUCAUCAUUUAUUCAAUCUGUAGCCUAAUAAACGGCAUGCUUUUUCACCUCGUAGUAGGACCACACAACAUAGUAUCGCGUGAGUGGAAGUUUGCUUCGAUAUGAUAGUUAUUCUACCAAAAAUUUCAAAAAAAGUUAAUCCACCGAAAGUUGUCGCACACAUUAUAUUUUAGUCCCCCCAAAUAUUAUUAAACCCUGUCGAAUGUAUUUUGUUUUGUCAACAUUUAGGAAAGUGUACAGACAAUUAACUGUUUCCAUCAGGCCUAUCGUGAGUUUUUUUAUUAUCCAACAGGUACUUUACUCUCAUACAAAUAGUUGAAUGGAAACAUAGUUUGGUGGUUAAAUUCAUUAGCUCACUGUCUUGUCAUCCUGUGCUUGUUUACAGCGAGGCUCUCUUCCUCGGCGGGCUAUGCCUUUGUGCACAUGGAGCGUAAGGAGGAUGCGCUGCAGGCUAUUGAGGCUCUCCAUGGUACCACCUUCAAAGGCAGACCGCUCUCUGUUGAGCUCUCCAAUGUGCAGCCCAGUAAACCCACCACAACUACAGCCAAGGUCCCCAUCAUGAGUCACUAUGCCAAUGAAAGCCCCUCCAUCAAGCCCCAUAUGGAGCACCACCAGAGUCAGGCUGCUGUACUGGCUGCUGCAGUCGCUGCAGCUGCAGGUCUGCCUCUUCAGGUGCAGCAGAGCUUGCACAACUCUGUCUACAACACAACAAGCUUUGAUCCCACUUACGCUGCGCUUAAGGGCAUGACAGCAGCCAGCGCCACAGAUGGUACCCCAGUGAGCCCUGCGGUCUAUGGUGCCCUCGCCAGCCAGGUGUACGGCUCUGUAGCAGAUCAGGUAUACGACUCUAUAGCGAACCAGGCCUCCAGCUAUCAUAAUUCAGCCACACCGGACGCAGCAGGCUACAAUAACCAGUACGACACCACCGCUGGAGAGGCAUCGUCAGCCCAGGCUGCUGUCAACCCGGCCUACGGUGGGGCCUCUGCCUUCUACAACGGCAGCUCCGCCUAUGGCUCCAUGGGGGGCGCAGACCCCAGUGCCCAGGCCAUCUUUGAGGCAGCACGGGCCCGCUUCUUCCAGCAGGGCCAGCAGGUUCUAGCUGAGCAGCAGAUGGGAACUAAGUCAGGGGACAGGGACCGUAGCCCGGUGCGGCGCUCCACCCCACUGCUGCCUGACCCCGUGCCCCAGCCCUUCCCCCAGGCACGCCCCAAACGCCGUGCCCUCCUCCCAACGCCACCCGGCCGACCAGAGGACCCUGCUGCUGCUGACGGAGACCCCAUUGCCAGGUACAUGAUGCACCUCUGAGACAAGUCUUGAUAUUUGCACCUUUUGAGGCAGUUUUGAUAUUUUGAAGCGUAAUUACAAUAUAAUGUUUCUCAACUUCAGAUGCUAUGCAGAGUACUAUCAGCAGGUCCAGCAGUACCAACAGUACCAGCAAUACCAACAACAGUACCAGCAGUACCAGUAUGGCUACCCACCUCCAGCCCCGACCCAGAUGCCCACCCACCAGAUGCCCAUGCAGGCCCCGCCCCCGACGGAGGCCCCACCCCCAGCGCCUGCCACCUACGCCCCAGCUAGAGCGUAUGAGCCGCCUCCAUCACACAAGGAGCCCCUCCUCCGCCGCCCUGACUACUCCCACCUUCACAUGCCAGAGCCCCCCUACCGAUAACCCUUUAGAUUGCCGUGUGUAUGCGAUCGUGUGUGUGUGUGGGUUUUGAAUGCUGUAGUUCUGGUCCGAAUGUGCAUCACUGCAAGUUUGCCCAUUUUAUAAAUCUCCUGUUCUGCAGCUUUUUGUUUCUGAACACAUUUCUAACUAGUUAAUUUUACUUUAUUGUAGGCCUGGUCUUGAUAAGAAAGCUGCCCCACAAGACAGUAAUUUGUAUUGGGAAGUCGUUAUGGUAGUAAGUGUCUUCAUGAUUGUGUUGCGUACUGGGUGCUCUACAACCCCUACAUUUAGUUUAGCAAAACAGAAAUGGUCAAAUUUGCAAAAAUAUUAAUCCACCCUAGAGGAGUGCCUUGUUAAAAGCCUAGCUGAAAUA